AUGGCUUUUGAUCCAGCUAGUGUCACAUAUCCCGUGGGUAGCCUUCAGCACAUGUUUGAUCGCCACAAAGGUGACUGGGGUUUCGCGGGCCGAAAUUGGAACAAUGCGACGAAGGUCGAAUUUCAAGCAGCUAUCACCCAGUUCAUUGCUGCAACACCAACGGUCUACGCUGGUACCUAUCAUGGACAGGAUGCGUGGUUAGUUGUCGACGCCGCGACCCGUAAAUGUGCGAUCAUCUAUCGCCCCGGCUACCAGAUCUGGUCCGGAUGGGUUUUGAGUGUUGCCCAGUUUGCAUACGCCACCACACCCCCCUAUGCCCUUGGCGGAGGGGCCCUCACCGUCUUCGGCGAUAUUUUGGAAUCUAUGAUCAAGACCGAAAGCCACAACGAACUGGAUGAGCUCACUAAUAAGUUCUUUGACACUUACAAGGCUCAUGGAACUGAACGCUAUGACGAAGCAUCUGAAAAGAGUUUGAUUGAUCUCUUUGCGGUAUUGAACAACUACAUACCUCCAAAUAUGGUGGCAGUUGUCCCUCCUCAAGCCAGCCACAUCCAAUCUCUGGAUGAGGUGAAGAGGAGAGCCAACCAUACCUUGGCUGUGCUUGAGAAAAACAUGUAA